AUGAAAAUUCACAGUCUACUACUUUGGAACCUUUUUUUUAUUCCUUCCAUUCUAGGGCAAAACUUUACGUUAAAAUUAUCGGCACUGGCUCCAGUUAGUUCAAAUUAUGUGGGAAACACGACUGAAAACUAUGAGGUUGCAAUCUACAAUCCUGAAGUUGGCGGUCUUCCAAGCCAAAGUAUUGGAGUUUGGUUCAAAGAUGGCAAACUGCUUCGAAGUACGCUAGAACAAAGAGUUUGGGAUAUCUAUUUUACACCUCCUGACUCCGAAGGCCGAGUUUAUGUCUACCGCGCAAGCGACGGCCAGUACUACGGUCUCUUGCGAUUUCUCGGUGACCGCACAAACGAAGUACCGUACCUAGGUCAAAGGCAUCAACUGGGAGUUGUUUAUGGUUCAGAUGACAGACGUUACGCUAGUGAGCCAACACGUUUUGCUUUAGAAGAAGACGGUCAGUUGAGACUCACUGAGUAUGCGGGUAGUACCACCAACAAUAACACAAUUAGUGCUUGCUACGCCUUCAGUGUUUACAGUACCGAUGAACAGUAUGUAAUUAUUGCAGGCGAAAUUACAUCAACGCUCUUCUAUCACUGCGAGCCAAUUGUUCUCAGUGCCGUUUCCACAAAUCUGCCUUCGAUGGACGCAAAAAACCCAAAACGUUUAUUUCAGCGUUCUGAGUCUCCUUCGAUGACUUCUUCGCAAAAUGGAGGAGCAAGUACUUCAAGAUUUUCACGGUUCUUAGGAGCAGCCGCAGUUUUACUGCUCAACAUGUUUUUCAUUUAA